UCAUUUUUUUAAAAACAUGCAAAAUACAUCUGACGCAGAAUGGAUGAUUGAGAUGUCUAAAAUGAUAAGACCACUUGAUAAAUAUGAGUCUAAUGCAUGGUUAUUAGCGGCUCAAUGUGUAUUCCCUGAGAAUCCAUUAGUUAUUCUAGAUGCAUAUAAAACAUCGCUUAUCUCAAAAGAAUAUGUUGAAGCUGUUCGUUUGCUCCAAAAAUUAAUUACCUGCGACAUUAGCAUGGAUGUUGGUAUAAAACAGGAAAUUAAUGCAAUAAUAAUGGCACUCUACCAAGAAAACUAUGAUAAUUCUUUACAAGACGAUAUAUAUAAUUAUAUACCCAAAGAAUUAAAAAAGUCUAUUUUGUUAUAUGCAGCAGAUGUCCAAACUGAUAUUCAUUCAUAUGCCAAGAUCAUGUUAUCAACAUUUGAGAAAUUUCCUGAAGCUAUUGAAUCUCAUGGGAUGGAAUUGCUUGAAAGAUUAAUGGAGCAUUGCAAUAAUCAAAAUAAUGAUAUAAAUAAUAUUUUAUAUCAAAAUGUCAAAAAUAUAUUAGUUUGUGAAGUGACACCUAUCAUAUUAAAGCAAAGAUUAUCCUUUCGCAAAGAGAUGCUAAUAAAUUUGUUAAAAUAUGCUAUCGAUUAUUUUAUAGAAAAUUCUUUGUAUCAACCUGAAAAAAAUAGCAAUAUUAAGGAUAAUUUUGCAACAAAAUACUUGCUCUUAUCUGAAGUAUUUAAAAUGGUGGGCUCACAUCUGGACUGGACUUUGGCUGAUGUAUUUGAGCAUAAGAUCUCUCAAGAUCAAUUCGAAAAGAUCCGCAAAGUUUACGCAAAAAAUGUCGAAUUUAAAACGUACGCUGGUAAUCAAGAGGUUUUUUACGCUAUCGCGAUACUGUUUUUGCAUCAUUUCUCCAUUUACUUAAAGCUCAAAGGAUUGUCUACGUUAUUUGAUACUGAUAGUAUACCAACUCAAGAGGACAAAAGUAAGCAAUCCACUUUAAUUUCGGCUCUAGUCGAACCCAUACAACUGAUAAUUCGAAGUUUUGAUCACAAUGGAUCCAUAUCUAACCACGGGAAAAGCGUAUUUAAAAUUAUAUCUUUCGAAUCAAUUUUAAGACACUCUCUUCAAAAUAAUGCUAACAAAGAUUCUACCGAUAUUCGGGAUAACCUUUUAGUGUGCUGUAAUUGCUAUGCCCUUUUGCUAGAAGACAUCAGUUUAUAUUCGACUUUCAAAGAAUGUUGUUCUCUUCUUUUCACUCGAGAUUACAAAAACCUUUUGUUCGAAUCAUUUGAAAUUGACUUUUGGCUCAUUAAAGGUGAAUACAAUAAAAUUAUCAAAAAGCUUGGUGAUGAUGAUUUAUGUCCACCCUUAUUACCUCAAAUUGAAACCGUCGAUAAUGAAGGGACACUUAAAAGAACUUAUAGGAUGUUAUAUGAAAAUUUAAUGUUGAGCCAUGCCCAUUAUAAAUCUAACGAAUUUGCCCGUUCUCUCGAAUGUGUUUACAGAAUUCUUACGAUAUUAAAGGAACACCCUUUUUUCUAUCAGAGUCUGAUCAAAUUUUAUCAAACUUCUAAAAAUUACACAACCUUUCUACAAACUGACGAAGAUAUCGCUGAAACCAAUAUAACGCAUGAUGAUGAUAUGGGGGCAGGAGGCGAAACGUUGAUUUAUCUUGAAUUAAACAGCCAUACACUUUUUAAAUAUUGUUUAUACCUCGUGACCUUGCUGUUUAAACAAUGCCCAAAAUCUUCCUGCGUAACUGGGAACAUUCUCGUUUUGUCCCAGUUCCAAGAAACAUCUACUUUGAUUGAUCGAUCAUUACUUUUCACACAACUAGCCUCAUACACGAAUGCUACUCCUUUCGUAUACGAAUCAUUUUUCGAGUACGUUUGCGAUGUCCAACUACUUGAGGAAAUGGCCUUUUUGGUCUCGCCUCAUACAAGCGAAACCAAUAGUAUUGGCAAUGAAAACGAUGAUUUAAAACCACGCGUACAAUUGAUAAAAAUACCCGAUCAUGGCGAUAAAGUAAGAGCGAGUAGAAGGAGAAAGGCGGACGAAUCUAUUGGAUCUUAUAAAGCUACUCUUCAAGACGCUUUUAUUAAAAGGAUACAAUCCAUACCAAAUAACGUCGCGGAAAAACAAGAAUUCAAAAUUCAGACUAUUUUUCAUUUCUUUUUUGAGGAAAAGAGCAAUAUUAUUAAAUUAUUCGAAUCACAACCUACGCUAAAAUAAACCUGAUAAAAUUAUCACAUUUACGAUUCGCCCACAUUAGUGUUAAGAAUUAACUAUCUAAUAUUUUAAAAAAAAAUUGGAUAAAUACUAUUAAUGUUUUAUAUAAAAAAAAUAUCAUGACAAAAUACAUUAUUUGUCAUCAUUGCAUUUUUAUAUUUUUUAUUAUAUUGUCAAUAAAUUGAAAACAUAUCAAUUAUCUUAAAUUCAUACUUUAUUUAAAACAAUUAUAAUUAAAUUUAUCUUCUCAAUAUAUUAUUUUUUUACAAAAAAUAUAUC